AUGGUCGAGAUCUCGCUGCAAAUGCCUAGCCCCACCGCUAUUCAGGGACUCUCUAGCCCGACCUUUAAGGCUCCUCCGUUCAGGGAGUCUUUUUUUACAGUUCCAGAGUUAUACGAUUGGCAUUCCGUGCACAGCAAGGACCAUCCAUAUUUCGUAUACUUUGACGAAACUACGCAGACAAAUAUCACAAUACGCUGGUCCGACGCGGUGAGAGCCGUCCACUUCAUUGCAAACCAUGUAAUGCGGAUCGUCGGUGAACAAGAACAUGGAGCUGCAAAGCCUUUGAUUGGAUUGUACUCUUCUGCAGAUACCUUAACGUAUAUCCUUUCAUUUGUCGGGAUACUGCGAGCGGGAUACCCAGUCUUUCUCAUCUCAAAACGUUUAGCACCAGCUGCACUUGAACAUCUGGUUACUAAGAGCGGAGUCAAGCACGUCUUUGUUGCCGAGCACGAUAAGAUCCUGAGCAAUAAUAUUCAGGAUAUUCAAUCCAAACUUUGCGCCAGAAUCGGCGUGUCCCAUAUUCCAUUUUGGCUCGAUACGCUCUCUCCAGAAUUUGUUGUACAGAAACCUCCAAUGGGUCAAUACAAUCCUGAGGAUAUAUGCCUUGUCCUUCACUCAUCCGGGUACGGCGAACGAGACGUAUGUGGCCAGAUUAUGUCCACACCGUCUAUUCCAACGGCUGGGGCAUCAGUUGUGAUGGAAUCCAUUUACCCAGUGAGCAAGAUUGAGCAAGAAGUUUUAGCCGCCUCUGGUUUGGUCCUCUCUGGCUUGAAACCGUCUUCCCCUCCAACCUCUAUUGACGCUGAAAAUGUCUGGAAGAGUAUGGUUUCCACACAAUCGACAUUUGGUUUUGUUUUACAGUCAUUUUUGGGAGUGAGCGACAUUUUGUUUGAUAUCUUUGUGACGUUUUACUUGCUCACUACUGUGACAGCUUUGGUCGGAGGACCCUGA